UGUCUAGUUAUUAUUGUUUUCGUUUUUUAUAAAUAUUCUUCACUGUGAAGAAAGAUAAAUAACUUAUCAUUGCUGUGAACUCGUGCGUAGAUCGCGUAUUUUAAUAAAAAUGGGUAAUCAGCAUGGAAAGAAGGAAGAUAAAUUACCCUUUAGCGCUGAGCAUAUCAAAGUGCUGGAGGCCUCAUUUCGAGCUUGUGGCCCGCAUUCAGAAAAACUUCAAAAGGAUAAAUUGCUGGAAUGUUGGUCAAAUAUCAUCGACUCUCAUUUAGCGCAGAGCACAGCAAAUUUUCUUUUCAAUUCUACUCAGCAGACGACGCCCGCAAUUACUCUACGCCGAUAUGCUGAACCAUUUCACAUAGUACAGAAUGGAACAAUUGAUGACAAAGUGAAUUUAUUAGCAGCUUCCCUAGAACAAACUGAUACAAAUCAGUAUACAAUAAAAGAAUUGGAGCAUUAUGUUGCUGCUGUUUUAAAAAGUUAUCUCAAACUAGAGUUGCAACAAGGUACGGAAGCGUUCAGUAGUUGGAAGCAACACGGCUAUCAGUCAUCGGAACGAGCUGUAUUUGCAUUCGCAAAAGGCCUUAUUCGUGGUAUAUGUCAGGGUCAAGAUCACUACAUUAAUUUAAAUCAGUUGGAACAAUGGUUGCAAAUAAAUCCUACUUUUCUUACAAUGUGGCGAGAAGUUUUUGAUAAUUUAUACAGCAAAAAUAUGACAAAGUCUUUGAAAUUAAAUUAUGCUAUUACUUCAAAUAUAUUACCAGUAUUAGAAGGAUUAGCAACAGGAACAAAUUAUACGCCGAUUUUAGAUAUUCCGCAUGUGAUAUUUGUGAACAGUAAUUUACCGAACGAAUAUCGUAAUAAAUGGCGUUUCUUAUUUUCAUCAAAAAUUAUGGGAGAAAGCUUUUCCACUAUGUUAGGAAAAAUUUUAAAUCGAGGUCCUACGCUAUUGGUUAUUGAGGAUGAAGAUCAUUAUCUGUUUGCAAGUUUUAAUCCAGAGUCGUGGUCGUUGAAAUCACAUUUUUUCGGAAAUGAAUCUUCAAUGCUGUUUACAUUGAGCCCAGCAAUGCGGCAUUUUAAUUCCACUGGUUACAAUAACCAUUAUCAGUAUUUGAAUUUGAAUCAACAAACUAUGCCAAAUGGAUUGGGUAUCGGCGGCCAAUUUAAUUAUUGGGGUUUAUGGGUUGAUAGUGAUUACGGUGUGGGACAAAGCAGUGAGUCCUGUACAACAUAUCACGAUUACGUACAGCUUAGUAAACGUAAGGAGUUUAAGAUACGUAAUUUGGAAGUUUGGGGUAUUGGAGAUGAACCUAAAGAUGAUGAUGACGACGGCGAAUAUGAGGGCGGAAAACGUUCAAUAUUGGAUAAAAACUUAGAGGAUAAAGUCAUGCUUCAGCUGGCUGGCAAAGAAAUGCAUUCGGAAGGUCUUCGUGAACCGGAAAUGGACUUGUGAAAAUAUUUUGAAAAAGUAUUAAAAGAGAAAACAAAGUUUAUUUUUGCUAUUGUAAUUUAAAAUUUCAUAGCGUAUAGUAAAUACGUUUGCUGUUAAAUAUUUCUAAUUGGUUAUAAAGUCAAUUAUAUCUCAUUAAAGGUAAUUAAUCAAAAUUUUUUAAUCAUGUCACAGCAACAAA